GCGUCCAUGUGGCACCGCGUUUUCCCUCUCUCUUUCGACGGCGUUUACCAGUCUCUCUCUCUUAAUUCUUCAACCAUUUCGCGUCUCUUUGGUCAGCCUCUUCUUUUUUCCUCUCCUCCAUUCCUCAAUACCAUAAACUUUUUCUACCAUUUUUCUCUCCAAAUUUUCUCGGUAAAGUUACACAACUAGUACAUAAAUUACUUCUUACUUUUUCUUUUUUGAUUCAGUUUAAAAAUUUUCUUGGAAGAGAGAGAGAGAGAAAGAGGAUACUCAAGAGAGAAGUUUCUCGCACUUUCCACCAAAAACCCUAGUGGUGAACUUUCGAUGGGUUUGGCUCGCGAUGCAUCACCUACCUCGAUUUUUUGGUCAUAGUAGCAAGCAAAGCAAAGGCAUGGAUCGGAGAAAGAACUCGAGGAAACCGAAGCUAGAGCGCCGCAAUGCUGUGAAGCACAUUGAGUACGACGCCGCAUCGUCCUCUUCCUCUCUGGAAGAGUCUUCUUCGUUUUCUUCUUCUCUCCACACGCGAUCGUUGGAUUUAUCGGACCGCACGAGCUUCCGAAUCGAAGGAAUCGACGGCGAGUUCGAUGUGAUAUGCAAGAGGUUAGGGCUAUCGGGACCCGAAGACUUUGCGAUACCCGCGGCGGCGUGGGAAGCACGGAAGAUCCGAUCGUCUUCGGAUCUUCUUCCCAGGUCUAGGUUGCAAGGGUUGGAUAGUCCGAAAAUAGAGGAAGUGAAAGACACGGCGGUGAGGACCGAGUCCGAAGCUGAAGCUGUAGCUGAAUUGAUUUGUGAGAGAAUUGUUGAUACUGUUAGAAUAGUAGAUGAAACUGAGUUGACUCGGUCUGAUCCAGCCGAGUCAAGUGGCUGUUGUGUGACCGGCGGUUGUGGUGGUGGUGGAAUUAAAGGAACUCGGCCGCCGGUGCUAAAGCCACCGCCGGGGAUGAGACUUCCGGCUAUCGAUAUGGCUUGCUCGACUUGGGACCUGUUGAAGGACUUUGCGGGCGAUGGUGGUCCGGUAAUGGUUCAUGGCGGAUUGUUAAGUUCUUCAUCAGAUGAAGAAGUGAAAGAGGAGGAGGAGGAGGAGGAGGAGGAGGAGGAAGAGGACAAAGGAGGAGAAGCAAAAGAAGUUGAGGCGGCGGCGGCGGCGGCGGGGGCUUCGGUGAAGAGAGAGUUGCUAUCGGAGUCGUCUUGUUCGUUUACUACGAAUGAUGACGAUUCGUCUAGCACUACCACGGACCCUACGUCUAGUAUUUCUCCCAAUGGGAGAUUUAGGCGUUCUAUUGCGUAUUGGCAAAAGGGUGAACUUCUGGGACGGGGCUCCUUUGGAUCUGUGUACGAAGGAAUCUCUGACGAUGGAUUCUUCUUUGCUGUGAAGGAAGUUUCACUUCUGGAUCAAGGAAGUCAGGGAAAGCAAAGUGUUUAUUACCUUGAGCAGGAGAUCAGUCUUUUAAGUCAGUUUGAACAUGAGAACAUAGUUCAAUACUAUGGCACAGAUAAGGAUGAAUCAAAACUAUAUAUCUUUCUUGAGCUUGUAACCAAGGGCUCCCUCCAAAUGCUUUAUAGGAGGUAUCAUCUUCGAGAUUCCCAAGUCUCCGCAUAUACAAGACAGAUUCUGCAUGGUUUGAAGUACCUUCAUGACAGAAAAGUUGUUCACAGGGAUAUUAAAUGUGCAAAUAUCUUGGUGGAUGCAAGUGGAUCUGUGAAGCUUGCAGAUUUUGGAUUGGCAAAGGCUACCAAAUUGAAUGAUGUUAAAUCUUGCCAGGGGACUGCAUUCUGGAUGGCCCCUGAGGUUGUUAAUAGGAAGAACCAGGGUUAUGGACUUCCAGCUGAUAUAUGGAGUCUUGGAUGCACAGUAUUGGAGAUGUUAACCCGUCAGAUUCCAUAUGCAGAAUUGGAAUGUUUUGCAGCAUUAUUUAAAAUUGGAAAGGGUGAGGCACCCCCUGUUCCUAAGUCUCUCUCAAAAGAUGCACAGGAUUUUAUCCUGCAGUGCCUUAAAGUUAAUCCAGAUCAUCGUCCCACUGCUGUUCAGCUCUUAGACCAUCCAUUUGUAAAGAGGCCACUCUCCACAUCCUCAGGCUCAGCAUCUCCUCGCAGUCUUGGUAGACGGGGUUGAAACAUUUUCCUUCACAAGUCCAUGAAAGAUGAUAAGCAGCUAUGUCCAUCUUUAAGUGCGCAAGAAUUUUUUCAUGUUGCAUCCCCAAGUGAAGUGUUCUGGGACCCGUGUGGCAGCCAUUAAAUUUUUCUUGUUCAGUGGACAGUAAAAAGUCAAUCUGCAUGCAUGUUAUGGCUGAAAUCAAAUUUCUAAGCAUUGCUUUAGUUCUAGAAAUGGAUCUAAAACUGCGAAGCAGCAUGCAGUGCUUGCAGCUCUUAAAUUCUUUUAUUGUUACUUUGUCUGCCAUGGGGGCGGGGCUGGGGCAGGGGGUGGGGUAGGGAGAAAGAUUUCUUUGAUGUGGAGUAGUUCUUUAUUCUAAUAUUUUUUUAGAGUUGAGAAUAUAGGGUUGAAAGAUUUUAGGGGCAAGGUGUGAGAGUAAUUGUUGUAAUAUUAGGAGGGCAUACACAAUUUGUAUAUAUCUAUUAAUGGACAAUGUGGAGUACAUCUUUUUCAAGUGCAA